AUGGCUUGUUGGAGAGCUGACUAUGUGCUCCUUCUACCAUACCUCUUGAUGGAUUAUGUGUCGGGAAGUGGACCACUGAAGACUUUCACGCAUACAAAGUCAAUCGAACACAAAAACCUAGGCAUAAAUACAGGUAAAAUCGAGUGGGGCCUAUUUCAUCAACAUUUAUUCUGGACCCUUGACAUCCACAUGAACAGUAACAUCAAGGAUGAUGAAGAUCAAAAGAAUUUUCGGGACUGGCUACACACUCGGAAUGUAGAGUACGGCGUGAAGUUAGAAGACAACGGUAAGUAUGCCGAAAUUGACUUUCUCGAGCAAUUCUUGGCUUGGAAAACACAGGGACAAGAUCUUUGGCCCGAAGAUAUAAAAAAGUUACUUCUCAAAUAUCCGUUGAGAAUUGGAGGAGAAGUCAAGUUGGAUCUAAAAAUCCCGCAAGAUUCGUACCUCAGAACUACUCUAAUGACUCCGGGUGAAUUCAUCGAACGUUUUUUACCUCGAGACGAUCAAUACCGCUCUCGAUUUUGGGACAACCUCUACAUUCGGAGCGAUACUGGGCGCGGGUUUUCUUCAAGAGAUACCAAAAGUUUGCUUUGCGGGAAGUAUAAUCAAGGGAAAAUUGUGAAGCUCACACUGUGUGGCAUGGGUCCUAUUCUGUUAAUAAGGUUCAGAUACGAUUUCAUAAAUCGAUACUUACCAGACAUCUUUGGGGUUCAAUCAGAAUUUAAUUAUCAUCUUGACCGAACGCCAGGACUUUCGAACGCUCAAGAUCUCCUCCCCGCCAAGAUAUAUAUGACCCAAUAUCUCAAGUGGGCACGGGAGGACCAUAUCUGGAGGCCUGUGGAUACAGCAUCGUUCUUUCGUUCCGAACUUGGUGACCCCCAUUUGGAAAAACCUUUCAUUGAAUAUCUUUAUAAAUUAGCUGCCAGAUCAGGAUUAAAAAGGAAACAUGCAUAUUUCCAAGAUGGAAUUUAUGGACAAUAUGCCAUAUUUUUACAACAAAGAAAGAAAGCAAAUUUUGCAAAGAAGAUUUUAUAUAAAUUUCAAGAAUGGAUAUAUAAAUUCAGAUAUUUUCUCUCUAAUUUAUUUGGAUAG